AUGACUGGUAAAUAUAAUAAUUUUGAAGUUUCUUUUUCUUCACUUCCUAGUGAAAUAUUAUGUAUUAUUCUAAAACAGGUUGAUUGGAAAACCAUUUAUAAUGUGAAAGCAUUAUCAAAAUUUUUUUAUACUUUUGUUGCUAAGAAUUUGGAUUCAUUACCCAAACCAAAAGUUCGUGAAUUUGAAAUUUCAAGUUACGCAACAAAAGAUACCAUUAUUGAAGGAUUUUUUUUAUUGGAAAAUAAAAUUAAUCCUAUAUGUAUUAGUUGUCAAGUCAACAAUUUAUCCCAAUCUGAUAAAGAAAAUGAAAUUGAAAAUUGUCUUAUGAGAAUAGAUCUUACAAAUGUUGGUGUAGGUAAAAUAAAGACAAACGGGAAAUCUUUUGUAUUUGAUAUUCUAAAUCGAUACCUUCAACCAGGAAUAAAUGUUGGAUUUCUAGAAAUUGAAAUUAACAGAUGCCAAAAUUUGGAGAGUUUUUCAUCUUUUAUUCAAAAAAUAAAGCAUGUAACUUUCUUUCACUUAACGAAACUAUGUUUUUCACAUCAAACUAUUCUUAAAUGCCAAUGUACAAAAUUUGUCAACCCAGAAAUGAUAACUAAAUUAUUUCUUAAUAACAAUAAUCUUCAAUGGUUAGAUAUAUCUUCAAAAUGUAGUGAUUUUGAUGUUGAAUUAAUACAAAACAUGAAAACAAGACAAAUUUUAUGUGAAGGUGAAGGAAAAUUACAUAAAAAUUUUACAAUAUGCCUUCCAUAUAAAAGAGAUAUGGAUGUUCAUCACGAAAUUACGAAACAUUUUUCAUGUGGGAAAUAUAUAAUAUCAAAUAUUAGUCAAAAUUAUGGAAAUUUUAAUUACUUUCAGGCUACCAAAUUAUGUACAGGAUGUAAUUGUCAAAUGCACAUUGGAAUUGCUUAUAUUAAUAUUGAAGAAUCAAGGAAACCUAUAUGUUCUUCUUAUGUUUAA